AUGGAAGUUAGGCUCCCCAAACAACAAAUUUCUAACUAUCAAAUGGCCCUUUUGAACAUUGAAAAUCCUCCCCCGGCACAGCCGGAGAGUGAGAGGAACCAGCUGUCGGGGGUUAACCUUGAUGUCUGGGCUGAGGAGGGAGGUUUUGCUCGGGCUCGAAACGCUUUACCAGUACACAUUUCCCUUAAGGAGGGAAGUCGCCCAGUCCGAAUUCGACAAUACCCCCUUAAGCUAACCACUCGGAUCGGACUGAAACCUCUGAUUCAAAAGUUUUUGCAGUGCGGUUGGUUAAGGGAGGGCACCUCCCCAUACAAUACUCCGAUAAUGGGAGUGCCUAAGCCUAAUGGGCAAUAUCGAUUAGUCCAGGACCUAAGGCAGGUUAACAAGUUAGUAGAGGCCCCCUAUCCAGUUGUCCCAAACCCCCAUACUAUCUUGGGCCAAGUCCCCAAGAACCACAGCUGGUUUUCCGUGAUAGAUUUAAAAGACGCUUUCUUCUCUAUACCCCUUGAUCAGGAAUCUCAGAAACUGUUUGCCUUUGAAUGGGAAGACCCAGACACCCAUUACAAGGCUCAGUAUCUCUGGACUGUUGUCCCCCAGGGACUUACUUGUGCACCCGAGAUUUUCGGCAGCCAGCUAAAAAGAGACCUUGCCCCGUUCCUAGCUGGACAUCCCUCGUGUAACAUAGUUCAGUACUGUGAUGACCUACUCUUAAGCACUGAAACAGAGACAGCUUGUAAAGAACAGACGAUAGAACUCCUCAACUUUCUUGGAGCUCAGGGGUACAAGGUUUCCAGGGAAAAGGCCCAAUUGGUUAAACAGCAGGUUACUUUUCUCAGAUAUCAUCUUUGUCAGGGACGUCGUAGCUUAGGUAAAGAUAGGAUCCAGGCUAUACUCGAAAGCCCUCAACCCCGAAAUCCCAGAGAGCUAAGGGCUUUCUUGGGGCUGACUGGUUUUUGCCAGCUUUGGAUCCCCGACUACGGAGGGAAGGCUAAACCAUUAUACGAGUCCCCUACUAAGGAGGGUCUGCUUAACUGGUUAUGGACCAAGGAAAAAGAAAAAGCAUUUCAAGAGCUUAAAGAAGCCUUGGUUCAGCCUCCCGCUCUGGCUCUCCCGGAUCCCCGGAAGCCGUUCACCCUAUACGUUCAUGAAAGGAGAGGGGUGGCAUCUGGAGUCCUGUGCCAAAGGUCGGGACCAGCCUGGCGACCUGUGGGUUAUUACUCCAAGGUAUUGGACCCGGUCGCCAAAGGCUGGCCGGCUUGUUUACGAGCCGUGGCUGCGACCGCUCUUCUUGUACAGGAGGCUGAGAAACUAACCUUGGGUGGGGAUACUGAGGUUGUGGUGCCCCAUGGAAUACCCCAGAUACUGGGAACAGGAGCCGGGGAAAAGCAUUUAAACCCCAGUCGACAUACUAGAUAUGAGGUGGGACUUUUGUUGGCCCCUAACCUAACUUUUAAGACAGUCAGUUCCCUUAAUCCAGCCACCUUACUGCCAGAUCCCCAAGUCCCUUAUGGGACUAGUCCCACCCAUGAUUGUAUUGAAAUCUUACAACAAGAAACUAAACCCCGCUCUGAUCUUUCAGAUUUACCCUGGCCCAAUCCCGAUAUUGAAAGGUACGUAGAUGGAUCCAGUUAUGUAGAAGAUGGGAAGCGAUUUACAGGAGCAGCCGUUAUAGUUAAAGAAGGAGAAAUGUACAAGUUUAAGCUUAGCCCCAACUUAUCCUCCCAGGCAGCGGAACUGGUGGCUCUUAUUGAGGCUCUCCGGAUGGGAACUGGAAAGACUAUUAAUGUAUACACUGACAGUCGUUAUGCAUACAUGGUGGUGCAUGCCCACGGAACCCUAUGGAAAGAAAGGGGCUUCAUUACGGCUUCAGGCCAAAGAAUAGCCCAUGGGGCCCUUAUCAAAUCAUUACUUGAGGCCCUGAUGCUUCCCCUCCGGGUCGCAGUGAUACACGUGCGUGCACAUGGGAGGGCCCCUGAAACUGAACAGCGAAAGUACAAUCGAAUGGCUGAUCAAGCCGCGAAAGAAGCCGCACGAGGAGGAGCCAUAUGGCUCCUCUGGAUCCAAGAUACGGAAGCCGAAACCCCUGCUCCCCACUAUACAGCAAAGGAAGUGUCCCACGCACAGGCUGCAGGGGCCCAGAAAACUCCCUCUGGGUGGUGGAAGUUGCCAGGGGGGGAGAUUUUUGUACCUAGACCAAUACUUCAGGAGAUUCUCCGAUCCCUACAUAAGGAGGGACAUUUGGGAUCAGGAGCUAUGGUCGAUUUGGUCACCCGGUCCCUUAGGGGAUUAGGUGCACACAUGGAAGCCCAAAGAAUUUUACAUCGAUACGUAGCUCCUUUCCAGACCCUUCCCUUGGAGCAACCCGUGCAAUCCUUCCAGAUCGGUGAUCAGGUCCUUGUCAAAAAGUGGAAGCGUGAUCCCCUCACGCCACGGUGGGACGGUCCACAUACUGUAUCGCUCAUCAGCCAGGCCGCCGUUAAGGUCCUUGGGAGCGACAAGUGGACGCACCAUACUCGAGUAAAGCGAUUCCUGAACCCUGACCCAGAGGACAACCUAACUGAAGAAGACAUCAGCCCUCUGUCCUCUCCGGCUCCGGAAGCCCGGAGGGACACAGGCGAAGACUCUACCUGGGAGUACCAAGGACUGGAAGGACUAAAAGGACUGUUUAAAAGACAGAAACAAUGA